AUUUUUAUUAUUUCUGUUUAUAUUAAUAAUGGUUGAUAAAUUCACGAAUGCCAACCGCAGAAUAUGCAAAAGAAAGGCAAAUUUUAAUUGCGCAGACGCUGUAAGUAGGAUUGCCAGUGAGAUAGCAGCGAAAGCUGCUAACGAUGCACGCUUGGCCCAGUGCGGACGCUGUGACUGUUGUCAUGAAAAAAUAUGUUCGGCAAAGCAGCAAAUGGCCGAAAAGUCUGUCGAAGCUGCUCGAAUGGCUCAAUCAAAUCUCGCCAGUAAGCUGGCUUUAGUAAAUGAGUUAUCGGAAGAAAAAGAAACUGUUAGAGGUAUACUCCGCGAACUAAUGCUAAGUAGGAAACAACUAGAAGAUGCAAUUAAUAAAGAAAUUGAAGCUAUAGCUAAAGCUACAACAUUGAAGAAUUUAUUGGAUAAGGCUUUGCAGUUGGCAAGUGAAGUAGCGGUUAAUUCAGAUUUUGUAAUUUCUAGUUUGUCCAAUGACAUUAAAUCCAUCAACACGCUUCUCGAGUUUCAGAAUAAGCAAUGUCAGAAAUUGUGCCAUAAGGAACAUGUUGCGAAAAUGGAUGUAGAAUUCACUAGAAUAGCCGAGAAAAAAGCUGUUUUAGCGGCUACAAAUGCAAAAAACAAUGCUUUUAGAACGAAAAGACACGAAGUGGAUCCAAAUUGAAACUGUGUGAACCUUGAGUAAAUUUUCAAAUUAUUUGUAGGAAUAAAACCAUAUCAGUUUCGUCACAGUAGGAAGCGUAAAUCAUUCAAAAUAGUGACUUUUAUUGAUGACAUUGUCAAAACCGAAAAUGCUAUUCCGAUAUCUUUUUUACAUUGUCUCGCUUUACGAAUUGGAGUUUCGCGUUGCAGUCGCUGUUCCUGUGUUACCUUUAUCGAAUAAGGAAGAUAAAAGAGAAUGCUGUGCUGACAGGAUGAAUGCCAUAUCCAGCAACAUAGCAAUAAAAGCUGCCGAGGAAGCAAAAGCUGCACAGUAUGCGCAAAUACCUGCAGCCUGUCAAGCCGCCCAUCAGGUGAAGGAGCAACUUGCUGAAAAAGCUAUAGAGGCUGCGAAGGCUGCGCAAGCAGCUCUAGUCGGAAAAGUAGCUCUGGUAGAAGAAUUAUCCAGAGAACAAGAAGCCGUAAAGAUAGUAUUACAGGAGGAAGUAAACAGUAAGCUUCAGUUGGAGCAUGCAAUCAACGAGGGAAUGAAAGCAUUAGCUGCGGUCAAAACUUUACUCAAUGUCAUAACAUCGGGUUUGAAAUUAGCCGAAACAACGGCACAGAAUGCAGACUGUGCAGUGAGAGGUGUAGAUCGGGAUCUGCAAGAAAAGAAUAUUUUAUUGCAACAAGCACUACGUGCUGUUGAAAUAUUAACUAGAGAGGAGGCUAUGGCAAGGAAUGAUUUGGACACAACGAAGUGUGCUGUGAGAAGAGCUAUGCAGGCUGCUGCAGCAGCAAAGGCAAAUGCAAUGAGGAAUAAGCGACAGUCAAGCGAGAACACGCCACACGUAGUGAAAAAUGCUUGAGCGUCAGCAUGGGAAAAGUUCUUCGUGUUUAGUUGCAAGUCAAAAAUAUAUGAAUUUUUUAAGAAUAUGUACUUAUAUACUUUUAAUCUAUAGCUUUGUUUGUGAUUUACAUGUGAAUAUUGAAUAUAUUUUAAGAAUAUA